UCCUUACUCACGCCUCACAGCAUCAUCACCAAGCACUGGGCCAAUACCUUACGUCUAAUAUCAAUUGCCAUUUUCCCAUGGCUUCAACAGCCCGUGACUAUAGGUAGCGCCUUCCCUUCCACUCUUUCCUGCCCUUGUUUGUUCUUUGGCAAAUCACCGCCGCUACACCGCAUUACCAUGGCCGGCCGUUAUGCCAAUCCCCCGCCCACGCGCGACUCCCUCGAACUGGCCUCGCUGGCCUCCUCAUCGCAUGUCUCGCAGCGCACUUCCAUCGAAUCCUCCGAAUCGGGCGCCCGCUCGUCCCAGCGCCUGUCUUUUGACGAUGAAGAUCCCCUGUCCGAGCUAAAUCCAGCCGGCCACGACGAGAACAGACCGCGUCACAAUCGCUCCUACAGCGUAUCCUCAGCCUUCGACUUCGCCCCGAAUCUAUUCCCCCUCUCGAGCACUGCCCAAGGCUACACUGCGCUUGGCGCGCCCUCCAACCCAGCACUCGAUCCCUCCAAUGCCCUCAACGGGGGCGCAUCCCUGGAAAAGAACAAGAGCUUGACCUACCUAAACGGUCUGUCGCUCGUGGUUGGCCUGAUCAUUGGAAGUGGCAUCUUCUCCUCGCCCUCGCAAGUGAACCGAAAUGCUGGAUCCCCUGGCGCUUCUCUGCUCGUGUGGGCCAUUGCGGGCAUCCUGGCUUGGACCGGUGCCGCGAGCUACGCAGAACUCGGCGGCGCAAUCCCUUUGAAUGGAGGGGCUCAGGUCUAUCUUUCCAAAAUCUUCGGCGAGUGGGCUGGUUUCCUUUUCACUUGGUGUGCCGUGGUUGUGCUCAAACCAGGAUCAGCAGCCAUCAUUGCCAUCAUCUUUGGAGAAUACAUCGUGCGCGCCUUCAUGGGCCCCGAUGCCCUCGAAGCUGUCUGGCUUAAUAAAGGUGUGGGGCUUGCCGGUCUAGUCGUCGUUACUCUCUUGAAUUGCAUAUCCACCAAGCUGGGCACCAGAAGCGCCGAUGUCUUCAUGUUCCUGAAAUUCGUGGCUCUCCUCGGCGUCACCAUCAUAGGCAUUGUGGUCGCUGUCACCGGCUUCUCAUACACUGGUGAAGCCAACGACGACUGGAAAACGAAAGGGUGGUUUGAAGGUACAAGCACCAAUAUCAGUAACUGGGCUGUAGCGCUUUACUCUGGUCUCUGGGCUUUUGAUGGCUGGGACAACGUCAACUACGUCACUGGCGAAUUCAAAAAUCCUGCCAAAGAUCUUCCGCGUGUAAUCCACACGUCGCUUCCCCUCGUCAUUCUGUGUUACAUCAUGGCAAACGUAGCCUACUUCCUCGUCCUCCCCACGUCGCUCAUCGAGUCCUCCAACGCCAUUGCAGUCGCCUUCGGCCACCAAGUGUUCGGCCCAAUCGGCUCAUUCAUCCUCGCCCUCUUUGUCUCGGGCUCGUGUUUUGGCGCCUUGAAUGCUACAACCUUCACUUCCAGCCGCCUCGUCUACGCCGCGGGCAAGGAAGGCUACCUCCCAUCUGUUUUUGGUAGCAUUGGCCUCGGAAAGAGCCACCGUGCUGUCCGUCUCCACACACUCAAUGCCAACAGCACCCCAAAAUCCAAAAUCUCGUCUAAAUUCAUAGACUGGUUCGCUGACGCCGAUGCCGGCUUCUUUUUCACUCCCAUCUCAGCCAUGCUGCUCAAUGCCGGACUUACAGCCGUCUACAUAUUUGUUGGUUCGUUUGACACACUUGUCACCUUUUACGGAGUCGCUGGCUAUUCGUUCUAUUUCCUCGCUGUUUUGGGCCUUAUUGUCCUUCGCGUUAAGGAACCGGAGCUUGAGCGCCCCUACCGGACGUGGAUUACCACACCAAUCAUAUUCUGCUGCGUCAGUUUGUUUCUGCUGAGUAGGGCUGUUUUUGCGGAACCCGUGCAGACGCUUGUGGUGGUUGCUUUCAUGGUCGUUGGGCUUGUGGUUUGGUUCGGAUGGGUGGGGCGGCGGAGGAACAAGGAGGAGAGAAGGUUCAGGCGGAUUGGGGGAGACGAGGACGAGAAAGUGGGAUGGAAGUUCUGGAGACGAUGGCGGAGCUGA